GAAAUUGUUGAUUACCCGGACAUCUUAAAACCAAGAAACCUGUGAACAGGUUCAUUAAGAAUCUGCUGUCUUGAAAAAUGCAUUUUAUGAAUGCUUUGAAUUAAGAAAGUGUUAACAGUGGUCUGUCAUUUCUGCCACAUAAGAAACUAUAAUCUGAAACAGUUCCCUGGCAGUUGCCCAGAUGCCUGAAACUGGCAAGAUCUAAUACUCUGAGUGAUCAUCCUUCAACGAGAAAUACAGAGCUACUUACAUACUGUACCUCAUACCGUGUAAAUGUAAUCUCUCUGAUGCCAUUUAAUGCAAUGGACCUCUUUUCUGAAUCUAAUUGUCAGAUGCAGAAUUAACACUUGGAAUCUGGAGAAGUAUUUUGUACAAAUCGAAAGAUUGGGUUUUUUCUUUAGUUUUCCAGAUGUAUUGUCUCAUCUCUGUUCUUGAAACAUCCACAAUCACAUAAACUCCAGUUGUAACCAUGGAGUUAUGUGAUUCAUUAAGAUAUAGGAAAAGUGAUGCUGAGCUGUGGAAUCAGGCAUUUCUCCCUCAGUUCAACUAAUGCAUAGACUGCUGAUCAAGAAUAAGGAACCAAAUAAAGUCAUGCACGUUCUGUUGACAGAUGAACUCUGUGGCUGUUGAAUUUUACUGUAACUAGUUACACUGUCAUUCCAAGUCAACUUAGUAUGCACGUUAUGUCAUAAUGGAUGGAAAGACCUGUGUUGAUGUUUCCAGACUCUAGCAAAUGAAGAUAAAAAACCUAUUAUGACUAAUCCUUGGGAAGAGAAAGUCUGCAAAAUGGCUCAAACCAGUUUACUGCAAGGGAAGCAGUUUUACUGUAGGGAGUGGGUUUUCCACAAGCUUCAGCAUUGCCUCCAGGAAAAAAGUAACUGCUGCAAUAGUACUGUCAAUGCACCAUCACUUGUAAUGAAUUCUGGGAAUAAUGCUAGUGGUGUCUCUGGAAAGGGAGCUGCCUGGGGUGUGUUGUUGGUAGGAGGGCCUGGCAGUGGCAAGACGGCCCUAUGUACUGAACUCUUAUGGCCAAGUUCACCUACAAGUUUGCAGAGAGGUUUACAUCGCCAAGCUUUGGCCUUUCAUUUCUGCAAAGCCCAGGACUCUGAUACUUUGUGUGUUGGAGGGUUUAUUAGAGGUCUAGUAGCCCAGAUCUGCCGCAGUGGACUACUCCAAGGAUAUGAGGACAAGCUAAGGGAUCCAGCAGUCCAAAGCCUUUUACAACCUGGGGAGUGCGAGAGAAACCCAGCCGAAGCAUUUAAAAGAUGUGUUCUACUCCCUCUACUGGGAAUGAAGCCUCCCCAGCAAAGCCUAUACCUGCUUGUUGAUUCUGUUGAUGAAGGGUGUAACAUUACUGAAGGUGAACAAACGUCUACCAGCUUAUCUGGGACUGUUGCAGAACUUUUAGCUGGUCACCAUGAGUUCUUUCCACCAUGGCUAUUGCUUCUCUGUUCUGCCCGAAAGCAGAGUAAGGCUGUUACUAAAAUGUUUACUGGUUUUCGAAAAAUAAGUUUAGAUGACCUUCGGAAGGCAUAUAUUGUCAAGGAUGUUCAGCAGUACAUUCUUCAUCGUUUAGAUCAAGAAGAAGCUUUGCGACAACACCUCACAAAAGAAACUGCAGAGAUGUUAAAUCAACUGCACAUUAAAAGCAGCGGAUGCUUUCUUUACCUAGAACGAGUUUUAGAUGGAGUUGUAGAAAAUUUUAUUAUGUUAAGAGAAAUUCGUGACAUCCCAGGAACUCUAAAUGGCUUAUAUCUCUGGCUAUGCCAAAGACUUUUUGUAAGAAAACAAUUUGCAAAGGUUCAGCCUAUUUUGAAUGUGAUUCUUGCAGCCUGCCGACCUUUGACCAUAACGGAAUUAUAUCAUGCAGUAUGGACCAAAAACAUGUCGUUAACUUUGGAAGAUUUUCAACGCAAGUUAGAUGUCCUCUCCAAACUUCUUGUUGAUGGACUAGGAAAUACAAAAAUACUGUUUCACUAUAGUUUUGCAGAGUGGCUUCUGGAUGUGAAACACUGUACUCAGAAGUAUUUAUGUAAUGCAGCAGAAGGACACAGAAUGUUGGCCAUGAGUUAUACCUGUCAAGCCAAGAAUUUAACACCACUGGAAGCACAAGAAUUUGCCUUGCACUUAAUUAACUCAAACUUACAGUUAGAGACAGCAGAGUUAGCUCUGUGGAUGAUAUGGAACGGUACACCUGUUAGAGAUUCCCUUUCUACUUUAAUACCCAAGGAACAAGAAGUACUGCAGCUGUUGGUUAAAGCUGGGGCUCAUGUCAACAGUGAAGAUGAUCGCACAUCAUGCAUAGUUCGACAAGCCUUAGAAAGAGAGGAUUCCAUUCGGACAUUAUUAGAUAAUGGAGCUUCAGUAAAUCAGUGUGAUUCAAAUGGGAGAACAUUAUUGGCUAAUGCCGCAUAUAGUGGCAGUCUUGAUGUAGUCAAUUUACUUGUCUCUAGGGGAGCAAAUUUAGAGAUAGAAGAUGCUCAUGGACAUACACCACUCACCCUAGCGGCUAGACAAGGACAUACUAAGGUGGUUAAUUGUUUGAUUGGGUGUGGAGCAAAUAUUAAUCAUACUGAUCAAGAUGGUUGGACAGCAUUAAGAUCUGCUGCUUGGGGUGGCCAUACUGAGGUAGUUUCUGCACUACUUUAUGCUGGCGUAAAAGUGGAUUGUGCAGAUGCUGAUAGCCGAACAGCUUUGAGAGCAGCAGCAUGGGGAGGACAUGAGGAUAUUGUACUGAAUUUGCUACAACAUGGUGCUGAAGUGAACAAAGCUGAUAAUGAAGGUAGAACUGCUUUGAUAGCAGCAGCAUACAUGGGACACAGGGAGAUUGUGGAACACCUCCUGGACCAUGGAGCAGAAGUAAAUCAUGAGGACGUUGAUGGCAGGACUGCACUCUCUGUAGCUGCACUUUGUGUGCCUGCAAGUAAAGGACACGCAUCAGUCGUUAGCCUUUUAAUCGAUCGAGGUGCUGAAGUAGAUCAUUGUGAUAAAGAUGGCAUGACUCCACUGCUGGUAGCUGCCUAUGAAGGACAUGUUGAUGUGGUUGACUUACUUCUAGAAGGGGGAGCAGAUGUAGAUCACACAGAUAACAAUGGUCGUACACCCCUCUUAGCAGCAGCUUCUAUGGGUCAUGCAUCAGUUGUAAAUACACUUUUGUUUUGGGGUGCAGCUGUGGAUAGUAUUGAUAGUGAAGGUAGGACAGUCCUCAGUAUAGCUUCAGCACAAGGAAAUGUUGAGGUGGUACGUACUCUACUGGAUAGAGGGUUAGAUGAAAAUCACAGAGAUGAUGCUGGAUGGACACCUUUGCACAUGGCAGCUUUCGAAGGGCACAGAUUAAUAUGUGAAGCACUUAUUGAACAAGGUGCUAGAACAAAUGAGAUUGACAAUGAUGGACGAAUCCCUUUCAUAUUAGCUUCACAAGAGGGUCAUUAUGAUUGUGUUCAAGUAUUAUUGGAAAACAAAUCUAACAUUGAUCAAAGAGGUUAUGAUGGAAGAAACGCACUGCGAGUUGCUGCAUUAGAAGGGCACAGGGACAUUGUUGAAUUGCUUUUUAGCCAUGGAGCUGAUGUUAACUGCAAAGAUGCCGAUGGUAGGCCCACACUUUAUAUCUUGGCUUUAGAAAAUCAACUUACAAUGGCCGAAUAUUUUUUAGAAAAUGGUGCAAACGUAGAAGCAAGUGAUGCUGAAGGAAGGACAGCACUUCAUGUCUCUUGCUGGCAAGGCCAUAUGGAAAUGGUGCAGGUUCUGAUAGCAUACCAUGCUGAUGUCAAUGCUGCAGACAAUGAAAAGCGCUCUGCUUUGCAGUCUGCAGCCUGGCAGGGCCAUGUAAAAGUGGUUCAGCUUCUAAUUGAGCAUGGUGCUAUAGUUGACCAUACAUGUAACCAAGGUGCAACUGCACUCUGUAUUGCAGCCCAGGAAGGGCACAUUGAUGUUGUGCAGGUCUUAUUAGAGCAUGGUGCUGAUCCAAACCAUGCUGAUCAAUUUGGACGCACUGCUAUGCGUGUUGCAGCCAAAAAUGGACAUUCUCAAAUAAUUAAAUUAUUAGAAAAAUACGGUGCAUCUAGUUUGAAUGGCUGUUCCCCAUCACCUGUUCACACAAUGGAGCAAAAACCUCUGCAGUCAGUGUCUUCAAAAAUGCAGUCAUUAACAAUUAAAUCAAAUAGCUCUGGUAGUACUGGUGGAGGGGAUAUGCAGCCUUCGUUACGUGGUUUACCUAAUGGGCCAGCUCAUGCAUUUAGUUCUCCUUCAGAAUCUCCAGAUUCCACAGUUGACCGGCAGAAGUCAUCACUGUCAAAUAAUUCCCUAAAAAGCUCAAAAAAUUCAUCUUUGAGAACUACUUCAUCUACAGCAACAGCUCAAACAGUGCCAAUUGAUAGCUUUCACAACUUGUCAUUUACAGAACAAAUUCAGCAGCAUUCAUUGCCACGAAGUAGAAGUCGACAGUCAAUUGUUUCCCCAUCUUCCACAACACAGUCCUUAGGACAGAGUCAUAAUUCACCAAGUAGUGAAUUUGAGUGGAGUCAAGUAAAGCCCAGUUUGAAGUCAACUAAAGCAAAUAAAGGGGGGAAAUCAGAAAAUUCUGCCAAGUCUGGAUCAGCUGGGAAAAAAGCGAAACAAAGUAAUUCUUCACAGCCAAAGGUUUUAGAAUAUGAAAUGACUCAGUUUGAUAAAAGAGGACCUAUAGCCAAAUCCGGGACUGCUGCACCACCUAAACAAAUGCCAGCAGAAUCUCAGUGCAAAAUUACGAUACCGUCAGCUCAGCAGGAAAUUGGUCGAUCUCAACAGCAGUUUCUUAUUCACCAACAAAGUGGGGAACAGAAGAAGAGAAAUGGAAUAAUGACAAAUCCAAAUUACCAUCUUCAGAGCAACCAGGUUUUUCUUGGUAGGGUUUCAGUCCCACGAACAAUGCAAGAUAGAGGGCAUCAGGAAGUGUUGGAGGGAUACCCUUCCUCAGAGACAGAAUUAAGCCUUAAACAAGCUCUGAAGCUUCAGAUUGAAGGUUCUGACCCUAGCUUCAACUAUAAAAAGGAAACACCAUUAUAGAAGUUUCCUAUUCUGUGAAACAGAAGACAUUGUGAUGGAGUGAUUCUUCAGCUACUGGAUGAAAACAUGCCUGUUGAUUUGCUGAAAAAAAAAAAAAAUGAAGAAUGUGAUCUCUGCAGUACAGUUACCUUAAUUACUGUAAUGUGCCUAAAUAGUAAGGCUGCCUUCUCAAUGUAACCCUCUGUGCUUAAAAAAUUUCAUUUUGUGUGCUUUGUAUUCACUACACAGGAAUAAGCACUUUUUUAAAAUGCAGAUACAUACUGCAGUUCCCUGAUAAAAGCUGAAAAGAAAAAUUGAGUAUUUUAAGUUAAGAUUUGAUUUUAAAAUGUGCAUGUGCCAUGAUCAAAUAUAUAUGAAAAGGCAGUGUUCCUUGUAUUUAUUUUUUUUUGUUUUUGUUUUUGUGGCAAAAGAAACUUAAACAUACUGUUUUAGUCACAUUGCAUUGUAGUGUAUGGCCUGUUUCUUGUAUCUUUAAAAAUGUUACUCAAUAAAACAAAUCUUGCAACUGUUCUAUGUUCACUACACCUUCAGCAUUGGAUAAAAAUCAGUUUCUAUAUAAAUAUCACAUUGAAAAGAAAAAAUGAUUUCUUGGCAGAUUAAAAAAAUACUUUGUAGUAGUUUAGGGAGCUGCUCUAAGUAGUUUAAAUCUGGAUUUUCCCAGUAGAAUUCUUCUCAUCUGUGGCUAAACAUGUCAGAACAACCAACCAACCAGUCUGUAGGCAGAACAAAGUCCUAUUUCAUCCACUGGGAUACAAUUUCACCUUCCAUUCACUUUGUCAUUCCACCUCUAAGAAGACAGACUAUCAUUCCUGAGGCAUGAAAAUUCUCAGGGACAAAGCCAUGCCUCAGUCGCAUGUGUGUGCAGAGAGAAAUGCACCUGUCUAUCUAAGGGUAGAUUUUUGAUCCCUGAAUAAUUCAUUGACUAAACUGACCUCUUCCACCUGGCUAAAUAAAUUAAUUUUGCUGGCUUCUCUCAGCUGUUUCUAUUUUGUAAAUUGCUGCAUGACCAAAAUAGCCCCACUCAAAAUCAAUUGGAUUAAUUUUAAUGGUUUGGUUGGAUGAAUGAGUAUUCUUGAUGAAUAUAAAAUGUGCUGUCCUUCACAGAUGACACCGCUCACCUGUCAAUCAUAGCACGUGUACUUUUUAUUGUGACUUAAUAGUGAUGGAUUUGCACUUUUCUAUCCUCAUACUCUUUCCUGUUUUCUUCUUUGUACAUUUGCAUGCAGGAGGGCUGGAUGCCAGGGUUAAGAGAGAAAUUCAUGACAAGCAAGGUAAAAUAGGUUCAAAUGAGCAUGUGACCCACAGCCUUAGUCUCCUUACUCUUAAAUCAGUGGAGCUAUAGCUUAGAUGGGUCGUUUAUAUGUCUGGAAAAGUAGUCAUAACAGUUCAGAAGCCAAGGUUGUGAAUUUGAUCUUAGAAUGGGCCUGUUAAUCUUAUAGAACCCAGAAAUUCUGUUCUUUUCAUGUACUGUUGAUAAGGAGGAAUGAGGAAAGAGAAUGUGGAGAUUCAGCACAAAACCAUUGCUACUUCUAGAACAAAAUCUUUAAAUGUCCUAGUAACAAAGGUCAGUAAUGUCAUCUUCAUAUAUGAAGGACACAUGUGAUACAUUGUUCGUGGAAAUAGAAAUGUGUUAUGAUAAAUGUUUCACUUGAAUCUUAUUGUAAGGCUUUUCUUGCUUUUAUUUUUUAAAGUCAGCAAAACUCAUUUUGUCUAUGAGUCAUAGUGAGGACUACGAGAUAAGAUGAUAAGUUCAAUUGAUAUUAAGGUGACACGGCAAUAUUAAUAACUCAAAUGUGAAUGUUUCAAGUAUUGAAUUCUUGUCCCUAUGGGACAUUUAUUAAAUACACUUAAUAGGACUCUUGCAAAGUAGCCUUAAAAGUGUUAAUGAGUCUAUUAAUAAAUAUGAACACAUACUAUUAUUAGAACCAACUUUACUCAUAAAUACAGUACAUUUACAUUACUGUAGAGGAUGAAGCUCUAAUUUCUAUUACAUGUAUUUUUCUUUAGAAAGAGAACCCUGAAAGCUGCCAGUUUUUCUAUUAACUUUGAAUUAUUGAAAUUGUAUUUAUUUAAUUUUAUUGUUUUUACAAAAUUGCACCUUGUGUCCAAAGGGCAAAGAUAUGACAUUGCAUAAGGGAUUUAUGUUUUUCAAAGAGCUAAAUGUUUUCAUAUCCAUACUAUAUACACUUGAAGCAGUUGGUAGGAAGAGAACCUAUUGGAAAAAUACGAUUUUCAAAAGUAAGUAUUCCUCGGGAUGUUUUUAUAUAAAUUAUGUUUUAGAAUAGAACAUAAAUGACUUUGAGUUAGGAUAAGGAUGCUAGGAUGGGUGCUGGAGAUGCCCUGCUUUGCUUAUUUGUUUCUGUGGGGGAUUUAAUACUAUAAAUGAAAAUGGCUUCUGCUCUAUUAAAAAGUAAAAAUUGUCCUCCAAAUAUAAAACUCCUUAAUAGAUAUUUUUGAAAUUAGAAUCUUUAAAUUUUAUAAAUCAGCUGUUGCCACUACACAACUAUGAUGGCAUGUGCUUGUAACAUUUUUAUAACAUUCUGUCUGUGUCUAUUCCCUAAAUAUCAUGAGUUUAUAAUAAGGAAAGUGAUAAAAAUACAGUAAUGAAAUAAAAAUCUGAAUGUUUCUAAGAAAGGUUUUGGAAGGAAAAAUGACCUGAAACCAGUGCGUACUGCGAAGUACAGCGAAUAUUUUUUGUUCUUUGUCUUCACCUUCACCCUCACUGGAAUUCUCACCAAAAAAUAGUUUGAUACUUAAAAAAAAGUAAAUACUUUUCUCAAUAUUGUUUUGGCUAUGCAAAUAUUUGUUUUGCUUAAUGUCCUCCAUUUACACUUCUCAGCAAAUGUAGUUGCAAACAAAUGCUUUCUUUUUAUUUUUCCUUUGGUUUGGGGUAUGUAAAUAGCCUAAAGUGUACAUUGAAUUUCACAUUGUAAAAGUUUUAUUUUAUCCCUUGUAUGAUAUUACUCAAAAAAAUCCCUAUGUAUAUGAAAGUGCAUAAUAAAUAUAUUUGCUUUACAGAGAAAACCUUGUUUUAAUUUUGUCCUUGAACCAGUAGAACAUGCAUGAUAUGCAUAGAGUAUAAACAACUAUUGUUUUAAGUUAUUAUCUUAAAUACAUCCUGAGCAAAUGAAUUUGGAACCAUUUUGCAAAGAAGAAAGUGAAAUGUAACACUGUCCAAAGGAAGGUAGAAAAACAAAAAGAUCUAGUGUUUGUCUUCCUAAGCCUUCUUAAGGACUUAAUGUUCUUUCCCCCCGCCCCCUACGACUGAUUAUAUACUACAUCACACCAUGUCAGGUUUUGUGCCUCUGAGAAUUGCAGUAAUCCAAUAAAUUUUGUACGUUCGUGCUCCUUGAUCAUCAGAAUAUUAUGGCCAUCUUAUGGUGGAUAUUUUGGGAGUUUGUUGCAAACAUGGUCAUUCAUUUUCUAAAUAAAAUUUGUGUGUUUCUUCA